AUGGUGACCACGAGGAGCAUGGAGGAAGAACAACACACCAGAGAUUUGAUAGCGCAGAUGCAGGCGCAAAUACAGGCACAGGCCAAAACCAUACAAGCACAAACGCAAGCACAACAAGAGAUGCAGCGGAGGCACGCAGAAGAAAUUACAAUGUUGAGAGCAGAGCGAGGUCGUGCCGAACGGUUAGCUCAACACUCGGAGUCCACAGCCGAUCGGGAUAACAACCAAUACAAUGAUAACGCUGGAAGUCGUAAUCAGCAGCCAUCUCGACAUACUGACCCGAACGAUCGGGAAAGAAGGGAACCAUCCCCCUUACGGACCGAUCGGCCCUCAAAUCUGCUCCCUUUCACUGCGAUCAUCAUGCAAACUCCAAUGCCAGAGAAGAACCCUCCUGUAUUGGAUAAGUAUGAUGGUUCGACGGAUCCCGACAAUCAUCUCAGAAUUUUCACCAACGCAAUGGUGUUCUACACGGACAAUGAUCCGGUUAUGUGCAGAGCCUUCUCCUUAUCACUCAAGGACGAAGCAUUAGAGUGGUAUAACACUCUUCCCCCAAACACAGUGGAUUGUUUCACCACUGUGGAAAACCUUUUUAAAAGGCAAUACGCCUCCAAUCGUAAUCAGGAAGUAACGCCAGCGGAAUUGGUAAACACUAAACAGGAAAAGGGAGAAACUUUGAAGGCCUUUAUGAAAAGGUAUAUGGAAACUGCACGACGAGUUAAAGAGGUAAGUCAAUCUUUUAUCAUCACCACUUUGCCUUCCUGUCUAAAACCAGGGUAUUUUGCUGAGAAAUUGUAUGCACGACCGCCAAAAACAAUGGAGGAGCUCCAAGAACGGAUAACCGAAUUCAUCCGCAUGGAGGACAUGCGAAUUUCACAAAGAAAGCGACAACAAGAAGAUGAGGCAAGUGGAGGUAGAAAGGACGGUAAACGACCGUUCGGCAAUAAUGGUAAAAGCGGGGAGUUUUCCCGAACAUUUAAAUUUAAUCACUAUACACCCCUCAACACACCUAGGGCAAAAGUUCUUGAAGAAGCUCUAAACGCUGAACUUCUCACACUCCAAACGAAACCAUCUCCAAGAUACGCAGAUGAAAGGAAGAGUUGUCAUUUCCAUCAGAAUCGUGGACAUACUACAGAAGAAUGCAUUACGCUCAAAAACGAAAUAGAACGUCUCGUUCGGGCAGGACACCUCCGUAAGUACAUACAGGAAGCAAGAAGAAGUCCCGAACGAGCGUAUCGGAAGAACGAACGAAGGCGAGACUAUAGUCGCAGUCCUGCUCGCCAUCGUGAACGGUCGGUUCGCGGAGUUAUAAACUGA